AUGUACGGUACCGUCGAGGCGGUCGGGGGCGCGCUCGCAUGGCUUUCCGAGGCAGUCCUGCGCGAGGUGAGCGGUGGAGCCGCAGCGAACGACAGAAGCGGCCGAAACCGUCGCGGGACCACCAUCUUCUUCCCCACGGCUACGCCAGAGCAGCAGGCGGCAGUUCUGGCGUUUCUCCCACCACUUCACAAGGCGUGGAUGGUGCUGAGGAGCCUCAGCGGUUGCAAGAGGAACUUGCCAAUGGUGUACGAGGCGCUGUAUAAACCGGGCGACGGCAGCGGGUGGCGGGCCGCGGUGGAUGCGGUGCUGCUGCUCGGCGUUGAGCUUGAGGGACUUGCCGCUAUUGGGGCGAGGGAGGAGGCUCAGCUGCAGCAGGACAUGUUGCUGCACGCAAUGGAGUCAUUCGCCGAUCUCUCUGCUACGCGGAAGGAUUUGGGUGAGCGAGGACUCGCGGAGGCGGAGGCUGUCGCCGCNGCCAGCUCGAGUGAGGGAGAGAAGAAAGGUGAGGGCGAUGCUCCCGAUACCACUGCCGCCGACGGUGGUGGGAAUGACGGUGUGUCGGCAGUAAUUCCCACUGAGGCGGCGCUAAAUGUGGUGGAGUUACUGGCGGCAGGCACUGUGAGUAGCAUUGCAGUAUCGACCAUUGUGCGGCUGCAUACUUCACUCGGGGAGGUAACAGAGAAGAACAAGAAUAAUAAUACUAGUAGCGGGGCCACGCGGGUCUAUGAUGGGGCUGAGUUCGAUCUCCUUGCCAGGUGUAUUGUGGUGCUGGCGAACCUGGCCGGACACGAUGUGGCGGUGGCGUCGGCGAACACGCUGACCGCUCUUCACGCGCUGCUGCAGGACACGGCCGACAUGCUUGCGGCGAUGGAGACAAAGUACCGUGCAGCCCCACCGCAGGAGCUCUUCACCGCAGCUGCGGCGCCGCAGGACCAAGUGGUGCUGCUGCAGCAGUGUGCCCUCGCGGGACAAGUCUACGCCGUGCUCUGGGGUAUCCUCCGCACGGCCGAGGGCACACGUGCGGCGCGGGAGCUGCGGGUGUGCGAGACCGUUGCGCGGCUGCAGGAGGUGGUGGAGGCGAUGUACACACGCGCCUUCGCGGACCGCGUGGACGCAGGAGCGGUGGGUGGCGAAACCGCACAGGAGCCACAGCAACCGCAGGAGGAUGCACCUGGUGCGACAAGGACAGAUGCGGAGGAGAUGCUGCGGCGGCUGAUGCCGCUUGGGCAGAGGGUGCUGGAGUGCCUGCAGCGGGAUGCCGCCGCCCCCGUCGCGUCGAAGACGUAG